UUCUGAUCUGCAUCAGGAGACAUCUGUCGUUUCCAAAGUCUCCAAACAAACAGGGGUGCACCCGGCAAAAUGAUGAAUGAAAGGGUAGAUGGGGAAUGAAUGAAUGCAGCGUGAAUGGGUAAGGGAAAUAGGGGGCACCGGGCUCGAGGAGGGAGGCGAGGCGAGAGCGCGCGUCCUCCCCCAUCCUUCGCCUGUCCGCUCUUCCAAUGUAAUCAAUUUCUCAAGGUGUUUCUCUGCAAAGCCGAAGAUGGCGACAGACUGAAAGGGGUAGCGGAAAAGGGGAGAAAGUCAGGACGAUGAGGAGCAAGUACAGCAUUUUGAACCAGAAACGGAAGAAAAAAUUAUAGGGAACAAAACCGUGGUCAGAGAUGACAAUUUUAAAACUCGUUCUGCGUUAAUGUAAGGCUGCUCAUGAGGCUUCGGCGGUGCGGAGUGCCAUUUCCAACCUGCUGUAAUAAUGGAUGUAUAGGAAAGAUUUUUUUUCGGGAUUUUUUUUUCUUAGCGAUGGAUUGUCCUGAAAAAUAGAAGGCAGUGGUGGGCGAAGUGGAUUGAUAUUUUAUUUCAGCACAGAGGGAAAUGCUGCCCAUCACAAUGCUGCAAAGAAGGUAGGUGACAUUGUUUUUUGGGGGGGAAAUUGGCGAGGAGAAAACAAACCGGGGAUCGCUUUUGUCUCCCCUAAAAUAUGAUCAAAGGUGUUUGGAUGUAUCGAAGACAAGAUGAUGCCCUGCUGAAAAUUAGUUGUGCACCCGAGCAAAACGACAAACCCUGCGCCGAUUCCGAAAGGGCACAGAAAUGGCGAAUGUCUUUGGCAUCUCUUUUAUUUUUCACUGUCCUCCUGUCUGAUCACCUCUGGUUGUGUGCUGGGGUUAAGCUGAGGUCCAGGGAUACAGGCGAUCGCCAAGCCCAGAGCAAUGCAACAGACGGGGACCACCUAGUAGGCAAGUGUGACAUUUUUUUAAGCAAUUCGACCAAACCUGCUGCUCCAAGUUCUCAAUGCACUGAUGCUCAAACUCAUCAAAAUUUGGAGUCAGCCUGCACGAUACUACAUUUACAGAAAGCAGAAGACAGCGGAUCUUCAUUUCCCAGCGCAUCCUCUUUAUCGUCACUGUUACUCCUGGCUUAUUUUAGGAAUUUCAGCCUUUCCUUUUGUGAUUCCUACACGAUCUCCGACCUACUUUUGGGGAUGGAAAGCCCAGACAGUUUGAAUUGCAGUCUCCAGAACCUGAUAUGGGAUUUGGGUAAAAGCACUGGGGACGACAUGGAUGUCUGCAGCACCUGCAUCCAGGCGUACAUGAGGCUGGACCAACACGCUCAGGAAAAAUAUGAAGAGUUUGACCUCUUCUUUCUCAAGUAUUUAUCAGAGGAUUAUUCAGUCAAAUCACGUACGGAGGACUGUAAGCUAGUCUAUAAAGCCUGGUUAUGCUCUGAAUAUUUUAACGUCACCCAGAGACAAUGCCACCACAGAAUUCCCUGCAAGCAAUACUGUCUGGAGGUCCAGACCAGAUGCCCCUUUGUGUUGCCAGACAAUGAUGACUUAGUCUACGGGGGAUUAUCGAGUUUCAUCUGUACAGAAAGUGACUCCACCGGUGAAGAGCCAGAGUGCUGCGAUGUCAGAUGGAACAGCUGUGAUCCGGUAGGGGAGGGAGCCUGUAACAUGUCGGGCAAGCUCCCGGGCACCCCUAGGGGGCAGCGACGCUCAUCGCAGCCCGUGUCGGCGGCCACGGCCCCCCGGCCCUGCGGGGGCAGCCGCCUCCGGUUCUGCGUCCUGGUCCUCAUCCUGCUGCACACGGUCGUCACCUUCUCCAGCGCACAGGGCGACGCCACGAGGGUCGGCCUGGAGGCCCUCGUGCCCCUGGAGGAGAGCACAGCCAGAGAGGAGUGAAAGCAGAGGAGAGUCCCUCCUUUAGACUCUCGCAGGGGAUUUAUUUUUAAAUGAGGUGUAUGGUUACCCUCGGACAGCUGGCCUAUGGUGUGUGAGGUGGGGGGGCGGCAGAGAUCACGGGAGGCACAGCCUCAUGGAUGCACACUUACUUUUCGUUUAUUUUUUUCGUCUGUCUGAAGGCAUGUCGUUCACCUUUGUCCAGGAAGUGUCUGGGAACAAGUGGCCUUUUUUACACUUUUCACACCCCCUGUGCAGGACAUCAUAGCAGACCAGAACUUUUGUUUUUUUAUAAUAAAAGUAUAACAUAACAUAUAUAAAUAUAUAUAUAUAUAUACACUGGAGAUUAAGAAGUAACAAAAUGGAUUUAAGAUGAUGCCUAUUUUGCCUUUUGUACUUGAGCAUUUUACAUAUUCUGUUGCUUCUGGUGAAUAUUUCCAAUUAAACACAACUGUUUGUUUCACUCAUUGAGGUUAUUUACCUCCAUUCAUCCACCUUCCAGCCUCUUAUCCUGAAGAGGGCUAUUUACAGUUUUUUUUCUUUUAGUUUUUUUUUUCCAGUGAGUUUGCAGUGAAUGACUGAUUGAUCAGUCAGUAAUAGCAAGAUGAAAACAAUUCAGUAGCGUUUGACACCACAGAAUUCUCUCACCUCCAAAACGCUUAUAAAAACAAAUCAUAAAAUUGUGCAUUAUAGACAAAUAGCAUCUUUGUUCUGUCUAUUUUUUUUUUCCUUUGGUACUUGUGUGAUUAUCAUACUUCUGUUUUCAUUCGCAAAAGUGACAAGGGCUCUUGACAGACUUUUGUAAUGUAUUGAAAUAUACAAACUCUGUAUGUUUGCAGGAAUAAAAUCAAACAGCCGCCCCGUUUACCAGCUGGUACAGAUCACCUUGUGGCCAGGAUUCCCUUGAAAAUGUUGAAAUACAGUGAAAAAAAAGGUCCUUCUUGAUUUAUCCAUGCUUUAUGAAGCCCACAUGUUCCAAAGGUGUGGCACAGCAAUCUUGAAGACUUUGCUAGUUAAAAUAUGUUAAGAUAAAUCAUUCACACAUGUUUCUGCUUGUCCGGGAUUAAAUUUUACUUUACUGUUUUUUUCCUUCUUGAGUUUGAUUGAUGAACUUUGAGGAAAAAAGGCUUUAUUCUCCCUUGUCUUUUUGAAAAUUCCUUCAUUGUUGGUUCAUUUAGAACAAGAUCUUUUUAAGUACUGGACCCCUUGUAUUUGGAAAACAGUCGAAUGGGUUGGAUGAAAGAAAAAGUAACCAAAACUCUGUUCAAAGUGUUCAAUUACUAUAUUAUAAUGAAUUUACAAUUUGAAUGCAUACGUAUGAAUAGAAUUCUGUUUUUUGUCAUUGUUGUAGUCAUAUGUUAUUUUUCCUGAAAAAGAUGAAACAAUUCAAUUCAGAUCCAAGUUUUUUUUUUUUUGGUUGUGACUGGAAAAGUGAGGAUAACAGAACAAACUGACAUCGUUCUAUCAAGGACGGGAAUAAUUAGCUAUGGUAUCUUGACCAAGUGUGACAAAAUGGCUCAGUGGGAACGUCAGGUGACAGUGCGGAGCCAGCUGUCAGCCACCAGUCACGUCCUGUCACUCCUCCUCUCGGUGCGUAACUCCGCUGCUUUCGCUUGACAGAAUGGAAGCGGAGCUGUUAGGGAACAGGUGUGUAAAUCAGAGGAGUAACACAGCAACUGUCAUCUGCUUCCCAGCGGGCAGAGGGAUGUGUACAGGUGAGUCAGAGAAAGAUGUGAUAAAGGGAGCAGCCCCCCCCAAAUCUCACCACCCUGGAUUUAUUAGGAAAGCAUGACAUGAAAAUUAAUAUCACUGUUUGUAUUAUAAUUUCAUAAAGCUAUUUUAAUGUACACAUAACGAUUAUAUAGAUCAUAAUGUUAAAAAUGCAAAAAAACAAGACACUUUUUUUUUAGACGAAGCUAUUGCGUCUCUAUAAGAAAUUUAUUGACUUAAUGAUCAAUGCGGUUUGUGAAAGUUUUCCUUCUUUAACAGAAAAUAGUCCAUGUUUCCCCCUAAAAAAAUAAACAAUGUCCAUUAGUUACUACAUGGUGUAACUCUAUGCAUGUGUGAUAUCUAAGGUUUUUUUUUUUCUUUGAAAGGCCACUUGUACUCUCUUCUUUCUGGUAACGGACGUUGCCCAUGGCAUGAAGUAACUUAAUUUAUAAGAAAUUCUAUGGGGCAUAUUGACAUAAGGGGAACAAAGAAUGAAUUGAUACAUCUCUGCUAAGCUUGUAUUCUUUAAGACGAAUAAUUCUUAUGCCAUUUUAUACACUGUGCUUAAAUGUUUAGCACUUUUUUGCACUAGUUCUAAUAACACUUAUUCUUGGAGAUGGUUUUAAGACUGUGCUGUUUAAUUUGAUUGCAUAAAAAAUAUAUCACAUCUGUAUUUCUGGUCUAUAUCUGUACUGUAAGAUUUUCUGUUUUAUUGUGUUUUGGGCAGAAUAGUCCCUGCUCAGUGUUUAACAUCAAUAAAGACUUAUUCCAUCCACA